AUGUUCGAGACGUUAGUAACAGGAAUCUUAACAAGUGCAUUAGGGAAUUACAUUGAUUCUAAAUGCUUUAGUAAAAACAAGAUCAAUGUAGCGGUCUGGUCGGGGUAUGUCGUGCUCACAGAGUUGGAGAUAAAGCCCGAGGUGGUGGCAGAGUUUCCAGCCAUUACGCUCGUACGUGGCCUUGUUGGCUCCUUAGAGCUAAAGAUACCGUGGAAUCGACUGCAAUCUGACUCAGUAGUAGCUACGGUCGAUGACGUGUACCUGCUUGUACGAACAGAGGAAGAUGUGGACGCAGUUAUGCGACAGAUGGACGAAUUUGCGCUAAAGAAAAAGUUGCUCGAGGAACUUUAUGCUCAGGCAAAGAGACAGGAAGAAGAAGUUACGAUGAACAAGAGUGAAGAAGGAUAUGCUGCUCGAUUGGUGAAUAAGAUCAUUGACAAUUUGGAGUUACAUAUUCGGCGGAUUCAUAUUCGUGUAGAAGAUCACAUGACGGGGGACCAUCCGUUUGCUUUGGGACUUACCAUUGAAUCGGUUCACGUUCAAUCAACAAACUCAAACUGGCAACCGUCAUACGUGGACACGUCCAAGAGCAACGAACCUCGGAUUUUUAAAAGUGUGGAGCUCAACCAUUUGAGUGUAUACUGUAAUCCAGACUGUGAAGUGCAACGUGAUUGCCAAAUUGACUUUCAGACGUGUUCGGCAGAGGAAUUUUCUAAUGCGUUUAGUUGCGCAAUCCCACAGCGCUUUGAUGACCGUCGCAUGUCGUAUCUCCACAUGCAAUUGUAUCCACCUUCGCAACAACACCAUUUUUUGCUCAAACCGAUAGAUGCUAGUGCUAGGUUGAUUGUGAAUCGUGACGUGUUUGAGGCAAAUGUGCCAAAGUUUGAAAUUGAUGUGAAUGUUUCCGAGGUAGCAUUUCGACUGGAGGAGUCUCAGUACUGUGAUUUGCUGUAUUUAGUGUCGGCAUUGCAGGUGCCGGAUCACUAUGUGAAGUAUCAACGAUAUCGCAAGUUUAGGCCGCAAACAGCUGUGUUUGAUGAGCCAGCGGUUUGGUGGAAAUAUGCUAUCAUGUCAGUGAUUCAGGACCUAAAAACAAAAAAUGAACAAUGGAGUUGGGAUUUCAUGAUAAAACGGCGCGAGGAUCGCAAGUGUUACACGAGCUUGUGGCAUGAAAAGUCAUAUCGCUUAUUGGAGCUGACAGAUAUGGCUUACGGAUAUUCUGAUAGUGAAGACAACGAUGACGCUGAUGAAAUUAGGGACGAUUUGGAGAAUGAUGACCAAGUGAUGAAUGGCAUAUCGUCAUUUGACUGUGCAAAUUUGCCGAAGCUUUCGCUUUUAGAGAUUGAUGACGGGUUGGAAGAAAUUGAGAGACGUAGGAGUGUGGAAGAGGUAUUAAUUUUCCGCUAUUUAGCCGAUCUUGGAUUUCAAAAAUUUCGUUCUUCGCAAGCUACUCGUGCUCGUCAUCGACUGCCCGUGCCCCCAACCCAUGAAUCUCGAGGCCUUUCCGACACUGAUUCUGUAGAUACGGAAUUCACUGAGUUGAGUGUGCCAGCAGAGGUGCGAUAUCGAUCGUGGGGCGCAUGGGUUUUUGGCUGGACGUCUAAGCUGACAACGCCUUCUCCAGACGGAGAAUUCGGACGAUCUCGUCACAGGAUAAUCCCUGAAGUGGAGCUUCGAGAACUUUUCAAAAUGUUGGAAGAGCCUUCACGGCGCUUAAAAAAGCGAAUGUGCAAGCUACGUGACGUUAGCGGGCAAGUUAGCAAUUCUGAUAGUAAGGUGCCAAUGGAACUGAGCGAGCUAUAUCGGGUGACAGUGACAUUGCAGCGGGGAUCGGUAACGUUAGCAAGCGAUCCGGAAAUGAACAGUACGCUGCUCCGCAAUGAUUCAAAUUAUGGACAGAAGUAUGCCCCAUCCGAUUUUUUUCUUGGUGUUUUUUCUCAGCUGCAAGUGGCUGCAGUGGCAAGAGAUGAAACAGUAGUUGUGGAUGUGUCAUUACAGUCGAUUGAAGCGUUUGACGAAAGUACAGAAAGCUCCGCAUUUUCUCGUCUUCUACGCCGAAAGCAAACCAUUCGACCUACCGGUGACGGGGACGAUGUGAACGUUAAUAAGCUAUCCGGAGUCGUAUUUUUGGUAAGUUGUGAGAUGAAUCCAUCUAGUUCCAGCGCAGAUGCUUCGUUAUUUGUUCAUAUGGAGCCUUUAGAAAUUGUAUUGUCGCCGACAGCGCGAUGUUGGGGCCGAUUAGCGCAAUUUAUGGGCACCCCUGCGAGCUUGGGGCUAUGGGACGAGUUAAAGGUUGCUUCUUUUAAUGAUAUUGUCAAUCUAAAGGCGCGAACACAAGCUAAGCUUGACUACGUGAUGGAGAAUCGCAUUGCACUUGCCAUUGAUCUUCGCAUACAAGCACCAGUUAUCAUCGUCCCUGAGAGCGAUGAUGACUAUAAUUGCGCGCGACUCGUGGUUGAUCUUGGACGAAUCAACUUUCGGACUGACCGUCUCAGUCAUCUAGACAGCGUACGUAUGGGUUUAAACCCAAGCGGUGGCCCGCCAUCGAGUCGCUCGGCGCAAGGGUCUCUCACAGUAUCAAGCCCUGCCCAUUUUCAAGGUUUGAAUUUGAAUACAUCUUUCGUCCAGCAAUUGUAUGAUGAAGCCGAGAGAGGGGAAGGAGCGAUUCGCUGGAAAGAGGAGUUUUAUGAUAAAUUCAGCCUCUCCAUCGGUAACAUACAGGUGCUGUUAUUCCCUUACGGAAAAACGGGUCGGGUUCAAGAGGUUGUUGCUGGAAACAGCGGCACGAACUAUCCAUCUGUGUCCUUUCCACCGUACCUCACGGAUAUCUAUGACGCAAGCCAAGAAUUUGAGUUGGUCGAGCGUUUCAACAUCAACGUCACCGUUCGCAUGUCAAUAUUGCCUCUUGACGCAACGUUAACAAGGUUUUACAUCCAUGCAGACCUUCCGGCGCUAACGUUUAAUUUAUCAUUGGAAAAAUACUUUCAGUUGGUGGCAUUGGGAGAUCGUUUUGGCUUGGUAAAUGCUGAAAUACCGAAGAAAUUGCGCAAGAAUUACUCGGGUGAUGGAUUGGUUUCGACAGAAGACGCUUCUCGAAGUACUAAUGUUGAUAUGACCAUCGCAAAUGACCGAUACGAGGCUUUAACGAGGCAGAGCUUUCUCAGCACCUUGACACUAAAGAAAUUUAUGCUUGAUGGUAAAAGUUUGAAAACAUAUGGUUUACCAGACAACAUAAGAGAGUCUGAUGAAAGCUCAAGUGGUGAAAGUGACGAUACGUGGUUUAGUCUCACAAGCGGUAACCCUGAUAUAAGUGUUAUAGCUGCAAGUGGAGAGGCCUGUGAACAGGAGCGCAGCCUUCCCAUAUCUGACUUUGCGGAUGUUGUAACGGUGGACGCCAAUAGAAGUAUCUGCACGCCUACACGGUUAGAAAGGAAUUCACGAAAAAGACCACGUUCGUAUACCCCCAUUGAAACGGCAAAGCUUCUUGAUCGGAGAUUAAUGGUUUGCUCCUUUACAGUCCCACUAAUAUCGGUCCAGCUGAAAAAACCUCGCUCUUCUACGAUGUCUUCUUACACUCCAUAUCGCUACGAUAUGAGUGAUUGUAGCGACGACCCUACAGACAACGGUACCAUUCUGAUGAAGCUGCAGGGUUUUCGAGUCCGAGUUGGACAAAAGACUUUGUCAGUCCAAGUAAACGUAAGCCUGACGUCACUUGAAAUUGAAGAUUUUAUUGAUGCCAGUGGUCGCUCGUCACAUUACUUGCUGUUUUCGAGUCCGGCAAUUACUGCUCCGUUUUCGAGUAAAGCUCCAUUACGCCGUGGUAGAAGAUUCUCGGAAUAUGCAAGACGGCCAAAUCGACAACAAGAACGAGUUAUUUCUUUUCAAUCUGACGGUGCGCCAAACAAUGACGGAUCGCGGCCAAGAGCACCAGAAACAGUGUUGGAACUUGGCAUCAACUUUUUGAAUGAUCAAGAAGGUGGCAAAGAGGUGUUGAGGGAUGUCGAAGUACAGCUCGGCUCGGUACAGAUAAACUUUGACCAGCCAUACGUUUGCUCUCUACUGGCGUUAUUUGAGGAGUCAUCGGCCCAACUUGCUACGGCUUCGAUUCCUUUACAAUGUGAUAAGGAUAGUGGCGAUAGUACGGCAUCCGACACACAUGAUAGUUUACCGCCGCCUUUUGAGCUCACACCCACCAUCAAACAAGAAUAUUCAAUAUCAGUAAACCUAACAGAGUCUGUCCGAGCAGAUUUGGAGCUUGCGAGAAAAAACCUAUUUGAGCAAGCACCUGAUCCAAAAAACCCAGCGACGGACGGUGGGAGUCUGCUGAAACUGAGUGUUCGACUGCACUCUGUUUCUGUAUGUUUCUCUGAUCGUGGUAAAUCAAUUGCGUCUGUUGCCAUUUUUGAUUCUGUAGUAAAAGUUUGUCCGGAAAAAACAGGUUGCAUAAAAAUAUCCGGCAUAGUGGGGGAUGCGAAGGUGUUUGACCUAUCCUCACAAUUACCUCAAGAAGGAGGACUUGGCAUCAGCAAUGUAGCAGCUUGUGGGUCUGAGACCUCCUCACUUUUAGAUUACAUCGAGAUACUUGGGCUGGACACAUCAGCCACAUUCUCGGCCGACGAAACUAGUCAUGUUCUGAGCGUCGAAUGCUUUAUUGCUACCGAUAAAAUGGAAUCGAACUUGAAGGCCACAGAAGACGUCGAAAGGCGAAUGUUAGCGCAAAAUAGAAGAUUGAGUCUUCAAGUCUCAGUGCAGCCUGUUCGUGUGCUGGCUCAAUCAGAGUUUGUGGAGAGUUUAGCCAAUUAUGUCAUGAAUGGGUCCCUUGGAGCCUAUUUUCUGUCCAAACGCGAUUCUUUGAGCGCACGUGUUGUGGAAAAAGAAUACAACCGUACGAAUUUGUUUAGCUCUCAACGUCAGCUAGCUUCAAGAUCUUCUCCGAGCACAAAUUGUCCGCGAAAAAUCUUGACUCCCUUUUUUGAUGCAGUCGAUACAUUAAAUAGAGAUGCUAGACAAGUCAACUUUGAAGUACCGAGUGCCUUUGCUUAUCGCUGUGAAGAUAGUGGAGAUAGCGACACGUGUGGAAUACGAAGUGAACACGAAAAUGGUUCUGAAAGUGAAAGUGAUAGGGGGGUGAUCCUUGCGCACAUUCUCGAUAAUUUUAAUUUGGAUAUUAAGUUAUGUCACCCAUGCGUCGUUCUUCCGACAAAUCCGUUGGAUGACGUCCGAGUUUCGCCAGUAGCACAACCGUGUAGAGGAGUCGCGUUUGACUUUGGUACAAUAUCGUUCGUGCUGCGGCGGGAAGUGCCUGAGUGUCUACAUGAUAUACCCGAAACUGCAUCCGCAACAUAUGACAUCACUGUGAUUGUUGAAGGUUUACAAGUUACUUCUCUCGCGGACCAAACUGCAAUUUUAGACCGAUCAGGCUUCCAACUGCGAUGCAAUAUUUCCACGGAGACGAAGGAUAAUUUGGACAGUGAGAGAAAGCGAAGCGCGAAGCCAGAGAUUACUGUGAAUGUGAAUAUGUACCCUGUUUGUCUCAACAUCAGCGAAACAAAUAUUUGUCUGGCGUUGGACGUAUUUUACGAGGCCAUUGUUCCGAUUUUUGAUAUUGUCCGAAGGUUGAUGAUUCAUCAGGGUGAAAGCUGUGAGUGUGCGUCGGUGGUGGACUCGGCAAGUCAAUCAGGUAACCAAAAAGAAGGUUGCGAUGACUUGGAAUACGGUGCACCUGUUUCAGAUAGCGAUACGACGGCGUGGCAAUUGACGGUUAACUUUGUGCUAGAGGAAUUCAAGAUUGCGUUGAUUUCAUACUCGGAGGUUUCACACCAGUUUGAGACCUUUCCAAAUGAGAUUCCUUGUUGUCUAAUUGGUGAAAUUGUCUUCACUGCGUUGGAGGUGGACAUGACAUUAAACUCGACGGGCAUCCAAUCGCAGGACAUCCAGCUGCAAUGUAAUUUUUCCUUGCAAGAAGCUGUUAUCUGUGACAAAAUGGCAGACUCUACGGAGUUUGUGACACAAUUGUUUGGGCUCGUUCCUGAAGCACUUUUAGAGCGUAUGGAAUUUUGUACCUCUGUUUCUGAUAGAUCUUCGUUUAUAUCUCUGGAUGAUGUGCCGCCUCCCGUGCUACGACACUUGGCGUUACAGUCAUCACAGCUUAGCACACCAUCCUCGCAAUUGAGUGGACGGCUGAUCAGCAGAACAGGGAAUGGUGAAUCUGCAAUGACGAUUAAUUUGCUGGAUCUGUCGGUAUCCUCUGCCCGCCUCAUUCUUUUGCCGCGGACUUUGCUACGGUUGGAAAACUUUGUCCUUGAUGUAUUCCUGGCAGCAAGCAAGAGGAUAAGUAAAUUAGAACUCCAUCGAGACGCACCUAUGGUGAACGCUUCUCCUGGGACCGAGGGUUCUGAAUCUAUCGAUACGGGCGUUAAUCCCUACGGCAGCCGAGAAGAGCGACAUAAUGCUCUGUUUAAUGUUUCCGUUCUUCGAUCAAGAAAUGGUAGCAUAUCUGAGCCAGUGAAAGGCGAUCUCAAUGUGGCUCGAUCAACAUUUAUGUCUCCGUCGCAGUGUAUGCUAAGCGCGACUAAAGGAACAGAAGGACGAUCCUCCGGAAGCUUUACGUCUCGUCCAAUUGCAGACGAUACUGAAAACGGGGCGCCGGUGACCGAUGAAGUUGAUGGUCGCAAAUGCAUCUCCAAAAGAAAAGCGUGUGGCCAGCAUAUGAGACCUCGGUGGAAAGCUGCCAUUAGCUUUUCAAAUUUGCAGAUGUGGGUGGUAUCGACAGAUCGCAGGACCGAGGUCACAGGAUGUGUGUUUUUUUGUCAAUUAGCCGCUAAGUUUGAUGGUGUACUCGGUGCAUUUGAAACAUCAGCUUUUUCUAAUUCCAGUGACCUUGUGACCGCAUCGGUUAAAUUGAGUAAAUUGGGGGUUUUGGUGGGAUCGCCUAUUGUGAGUGGCACUGAGCAACAAAAGAUAACGCACCACAUGGGGACACUUGUUGAGAACUUUGACGUAGAUGUACAAUUUGCGCUGCGCCAAUGCUGUCGGUCUGCACGUGAAGGAGUUGUCAAUAUUGGAAGCGUUGACAAAAUGAGCGAAGAAAACAAUGACUCGAAUGGCGGUCGUGCGGACAUCACCAACGGUGUCGAGAAUAGCGUUAACGAGGUUAGGCCAAGAUUUUGGAUGAGUUCUUGUUUCAAUACGAAGGAAAAAAGUGCGUCAUAUAUGCCCGAACUCUUCCUUCAAGAUGUGCCAUCAAAGUGGCAGAAAUGGAGUCUAAGAGAGGCGAAUGUGUGUAUUAACCAGAUUGUCUCGCAUAUUGCCUACCGUGACUUGCCGCUAUUGUUAAAGAUCUUCGCGGGCUUGACCAGCAUGCUUGAUGCAGAGGAAAGAAUUCGCAAUACGUUUAUUCUUCAGUUCAAAGCAGCAGAAGAUGAUCUCGACUGGGAGGAUUUACCCGAUACUCCAAAAAAUUAUUCAGAGUAUGCUUACUCUUUUGGAGCAGAAGGCGUAAGUGAACGCCAAAUAGCUGAACAAAUUACAUUGUCAUCUUUUCAACCGGACGUUCUCAUACGCGCGUCGGUGGUAGCAAGAGGGGUCCAAUUCCAACUGAUCAAUAACAUAGUCGACCAGGCGUCACCGGUGGUGGAGAUUGAUUUAAAAUCUGUUGAAUUGCUGCUGCGAUCCGAGUCAAACUCGAUGAUAGAAGUAACGGCAAAGUGCAGAGCAGAAGCAAAGUAUCAAAACCUGCGUCUUGUGGCGAUGGAGCCGCUUAUUGAGCCAUGGAGUGCUCAAGCAAAGCUCAGUCGGCAACACACACGCUAUCGUGGCGUGGAUGAUGCAGUGCAGCUGGCAGUGUCACCUUGGAAGCUAGAUAUGACGUCAGAUGUUUUUCUACAGCUAAAUUUGACUGACGCACUAAUUGCAAAUCUGGUGGCUGCAGACCGAGCCUGGCGGUGGGUUGUCAACGCAGGUGGAGAUUCACGCGAGAUGACCGAGUAUUCCAUGUAUUGGAUCCGAAAUAACACUGGAAUGUCUUUACGAUACUGGGGUACAUGCUACAACGAACAUUUGCUUGCUGUCGGCGAAGAAGAACCUCUUCGGUUCAGUAACGACCACUGCGAGGAAAAUGGUAGCGAUAAACAGCGAAAAGAAGGCCGGUGUAAUACGUACGAACGCAACCGCCAGCUCUAUAUUGCUGUCAAAGAGGAAUUUCCAAGCGAUAGCUCAUCAAACAUUUGUAGACAAUGGCAAAGUGAGACACCUAUUCCAGUUGACCAAGUUGAUUCCCGCAUGUAUGCAUUAGUAGACUUUGAGGCAGACAUCACGGCCACCUACAUGAGGAAAUGCGAGUGUGUGAUUGACGUACUCGUAGAGCGUGGAUGCAAGUAUUUUGUGGUACGCUCGACUUUGAUUAUCGAGAAUCAAACCUCGUCCGACUUAGAAGUUGAGUUUAUUUCGCCGCAACGGCGUUCGCUGUCGCACCCAUCUCGAGCAGGAGAUACCUCGCAAGGGCGCACUAUCCCCGUCUGGAAGAAGAUAGUCAAGACCUCUUCCGUUGUUCCUGUUCCGAUGCACAUUGUUUCAUCUGGUGAAUGCGACGUGAUGGUGCGUCCUCUAAAGAUCACUGAUAGAGGCGAUAGUGUGUUACCGAUGGCUUACGCCAAAGAACAGGUGCACCUUCCGCUCUUUGAAAGAGGAAGCCCUUCUGCUAACGAGACGCACGUGGAGAGUGAUGAGUCUGGCCAGUCCCAGUGCACUAUUAAGUUUCGACGAUUGUACAGUGACCGGCCCGUACGUCCAUUCAUGAUGAGUGUUUGCCUUUCCAAUGCAACUUGUGCACUGUAUCACCGCACGCUUUCGUUCCAUUCAACACUGAUCGUGCAUAAUUUGACUGCUGGGCCGCUUGAUUUUUGUUUGGCAACUCCAAGCGAUUGGUUGCCUGUAGUUGAAGCAAUGACCAUGACAAACGCAGGGGUGAAUGCAGGUUGGGAAACUCGCGAGCAACGUUUGCGUGAGAGAGGAACGAUAAAUGUUGCUGACUCGCUUAUUUGGCAUUUAUCGAGUGCGGAAACGCCUCUGGAACUAAGCGUCCGGAUAAAAGGGUUUGACUGGAGCGAACAUGUUGAUCUCAAAGAGGACAUUGACGACCUUGUGCGAAUCAAAAUGAAAGAUCUUGUGAGUGACGCGCAUCUCUAUGUAACUGCCGAGAUUCGGAUGAGCAAGGGGCACUGCCGUGAGUUGUUUCUCUACGUGCCAUACUGGAUUGUGAAUCUGACGGGCCUGAAGCUUGAGUAUAAAUACGAGGAAGAGCGAAUGGGGCGCGAACAUAAGACCAUGUUGUUGGCGGGACAAAAACGGUUAGACCGUGAUGAGCUUUUACUGAAAGAAAGCCAAAGGAUUAAGGCUGCUUGGCGAGACCGCAAUCCCCACCUUCUUCAUCCUAUUUUUGGCGAGGACCAAGAAUUUGCAGACAAAGCUGAAGGCUCUAGACGUGGAUCUGCUGAUCAUGAUGAGAAUGAGCGGAAGCGACGUCAUCCUCGACUUCUACCGAGCGUGCCACCGGUAAAGGGCUUGCUAGAUCUGCUUCCAAAGUCGGUUGCGUGUGAUCCACGUAACCUUGGACAGUUGGAAGUUUUGCAAGCUUGCCACUCCGAUUAUGAAAUGGAUCGUGGAUGCAUUCGUCUGCGAGUCAGCCAUGAAAGAGACAUGGCCGCUCUGGGUGUCAGAAAGGAGAAUGGACAGCAGAAAUGGUCCAAUUCUUUCGUACUAGAUUUAGCUGGAACGAUUGGCGAGAUUGAAGCAGACGACUACGGGGCAAACCGAAAGUAUAGUAUCGGAUAUUCAAUCACUCCGGCAAAAGGCCUGUACUCACGAACGAAGGUGAUCAUGCUGACGCCGCGAUUCAUGCUCAUGAACACGAUGAACAGUGCCAUCGAAGUGUGCCAUUCUUCGUCUAAGGCGAUCACCCCUACCGUAUUUAAUAUGACUAGUGCAAGUGGAUCAAUGGCAGACUCCGGAGCAAUGUCUCCUGUCAAUCCCGUGGUUCAUCUUGAUGCCGGAGCAUAUGCCGAUUUUCAUUGGACUCUUCGAUUUGCUAAGACACGCACGAUACGUUGCCGUCUUGCAGAAUGUGGGUGGUCGUGGAGUGGUGCAGUGCCUCUAUUUGAGUCUGGUGAGUAUGCUGUUCGUAUGCGUCAUGAAUCUACGCGGGAAAGUAAGCUUGUGCGUGUGACCCUGAAGCUGGACUCGUCGUGUAUAUGCGUAUGCUUUCGAGAAGAACGAACGACCGCACCACCAUAUCGUGUGGAGAACUACUCGCUGGAAACGCUUCGAACACAUCAACAUCGCGUGCGCCGCAGUGAGAUUUUACUACCACAUCACAGCCUGGAUUAUGCGUGGGAUGAGCCUACAGAGGAGCGCUUGCUUGUUGUGGACAUGCUCCCUUCAGCGGCUGGCGACAAUAGUCGUCCGCUGCGAAUUGGAAGUUUUGAUUUGGACAAAAUUCAGCGGUACCCCGAUGCGCUUGGUGGUACGCUGGGCAUCGAAAUAUCUACAGAUGGUCCCACUCGCGUGUUACGUUUCACUGACACGCGAUUACGUGAGGAAAAAACCGCGCCAGUCAAUUUCCAAGCUACUAAUAAUUUGGUAGCAAUGACUGACAUAAGGGAAAACAGCGCUAUGCAGCUUCUUCAACGCUUUGUAUCUGCGCCAGCAGUGCAUGCAGCAUUGCAUCUCCAAGGUGUAGGCAUCUCUAUUGUUGAUGGUGCUCCCAAAGAAUUGAUAUACGUGUCAAUUUCUGGUAUCACAUUGGAGUUACUUGUAAGUGAAAAUGGUCAGAAUAACAAUGGGGCUUCAAUUGGCGGUAGAGUACCGUCAUUAUCUCGACUCAAACGUAAGACUCAUCCUCGGAUUUUGGCUUGGUGUCUUGAAGUGAGUGACGUACAAGUCGACAAUCAGUUGCAAAUGACACCGUAUCCUGUACUGCUGCGCUUUUCGAAUUUGAAUGGCCGAUCACAAACUCUAAAGGGACAAACGUUAAGAAUUCCUGUAUUGCAGGUGGGUCUUGUGAAGCACGAAGAAUACGCUGGGAUCGAGUUUAUCAGGCAUUUCAGUGUCAGUAUUUUGCCGGUGCACAUUCGGGUAGAUGGUGCUCUGCUUUAUCAGAUAUUCCCGCUGCUGGUCCACGCUAAAAUCUAUGGCAGCAGUGAUAAAUCUGGCAUGGUGAUCAAAAAUCGAGCAUUAGUAUUGGCAAAUGGUGAGAGAAGUUGCGAUGAAGUUGCUCGAGCAGCACAUAGCCAUUUGCUAUUAAGAGAUUUCAAUGCUAGUUUGGAAGUUCAGGUGAAAGUGCUUGAGGCUGCCCAGAAAGAUGGGGCUACAUCCGCAAAGUCUAGUUCUCGCUCAGCAAUUCACACUAACAGAAGUCUUGAUCGGUUGAAUUGUGGUCAGCAACAACAGCUAAUCAGUCCACAUCAUGAGGAGCAUAUCGUGCAGGCUGCGGAGAUUCAGCAUUACAAAACAACAACAUACGGCAAACUGAGUGCUAUUGUUGCGAAGGAUGAAGAAAAGAAGCUAUACUUUGAAGCGUUUCACAUCGACCCCAUCCGCGCUACUGUCAGCUUCUCAUUUGGUGAUAGUGCAGGUGCCAUGGUGGGUGGUCACUCAUCAUCACUAUCGCAUGCAACAGCAUUGACAGAUCCGUCGUCAUCGAGAGAGCCAUCCGUCAUCACAGUUGGCCCUCUGCGGCUUAUUCUAAAUGCUAUUGGUACUAGUCUGAGCAAGGUCGCGAACGCUCCGUUCCAACUCCAGGCGCUGCACAUCCAUAAUUCGUUUAUACAACCCGAUGCGUUGGCAACGAGGUUGGCGUCACAUUAUCAGAGUGAGGCGCUUCGUCAAGCCUACGUCAUUCUCGGAAGUGUCGAUGUGCUGGGCAACCCAAUGAUCGCAUGGAAAAACCUUCGCAGUGGUUUUCAGGAUUUUAUUUCUGAGCCAGUGCAUGGGCUUUUGCAGCGAAGUCCGCAAGCGUUUGCUUUUGGUAUUGGACGUGGGUCACUAUCGCUUUUGCGCGCUUCAGUGUAUACCUUCUUGGACUUUAACACGCGCAUUCUUACGGCCUUUUCACUUGGACUGUCUGAGGCCUGUUUAAAGCUGGAUGAUUACACGGGCUACCCCGCUACGCGCCACAUCUUCCAGGGCCUUGUGCAAGGUGUCUCGGGUGUUGUGGUGGCUCCAAUCCACUCGUUUGAAGUGAAUGGCGUACGGGGCGUACUACCUGGGCUAGUGGCAGGUGCGUUUGGAGUCGUGCUAAAGCCAUUGCUAGGCUUCUCUUUGGCCACAGCAACAACCGCUGCUACGCUUCGCGAUGCUGUUGAUUUUAACACCAAGACACUGCUUGUACGUGUGCGUCCGCCACGCCACAUUGAUCUUCGGACAAAGAGGCUGAAGGUCUAUUCGUAUGUGGAAUCCUUGGGCGAAGAGAUUGUAAGCAAGGUGCGCGGUGGUUGCUACCGUGCCGAUGGAUAUCUCGGUCAUGUCGAUCUCAAAGUGACCCAUCAAUGCUUUUUGGUCACCCGCAAGCGCAUUUUAUUCCUCAACGUAAAAGGAAUUGCCCCGUCACAAGCAGCUAAAUACGACAUUCAGUGGGAAUUGCUGGCUGAGGAAGUUGUGAUGGUGGAUUGCUCCAGGACGCCAAACGAGCAAAGCGUCACUAUCUACUAUAUAGAAGAUGAGUUCCGUGCAGCAAGCGGCGCCGGGCACAGUAUCGGUGGCACAAGCAGACCAAAUACAGUACUCACGAGCCGCCGAUGGACACCGGGUCUACCGCGUGGCAUGUUUUUGCAGAAGCACGAGGUGGCGCUGCCUGAAACGAAAGUACUAUUUGUACGUGCGAUGCUACAGCAGCAAGAGCGAUCGCUGCUAACCAAAAUGAACAGCUUCAUGGAGGACACAUCAAGGUACCAAGGUUCACUGUCACGUCUAACAAGGACGCGCUCAAUGGAGCUACGAUCAGCAUGGCAUUCUCACGUACCACUAAAGUACCCAAUCUUCCGAUUGCCACAGACGCAGCUUUGCGAACUUCGCGCAGGCGUCCCUCGUGCGCAACCACGACUAAAUCGUGCUGCGAACGAGAAGUUAUUUGCGAAUGACAAACGCGACACAAAUGUUUAG